GGCGAGAACCCGGAAGGGGAGGUUGGAGAGGUGCGAGUGGGGGAAACCCGCGUAGCUGAGGGAGCUGCAGCGCCAGGAGACGGUGGCAUGUGGAGCUCCCUACUACCAUACUGGUCCUGAGAUACGGUGACUCCCUGCUUCUUUGCCAUUCCCCCCCCACCACCACCAGAAUGGACCGGAGUGGCCUCCUGCCCUUCCAGCUCUGGUGCCCCAGGCCCUUUGGCACUUACUCCCAGAACCAGCCACGCCCACCUUCUGCAGGCCUCAAGUCAUCAGCCUGCCCUGAGCCCAGCAGCGGGACUGAGCCCGAUCACGGUCCUGCUCACUCAGAGAACACACCACCCACCUUGGGCUCAGAGGCCCCUGCCUCCCAGCAUGGCCCGCUCCUCUCGGCAGCAGCUGCUGGCGACGAGGGUCGAGUCCUGCUGGACACGUGGUAUGUUAUCAAGCCUGGGAAUACGAAGGAGAAGGUGGCCUUCUUUGUGGCCCACCAAUGUGGUGGAGGCAGCCGGGCCAGUUCCAUGAAGGUCAAGGGGCACUGGGGCAGUGACAGCUCCAAGGCUAAGCGGAGGAGGCGCUGUCUUGAGCCCACCAAGGCUCCUCCAGACCCAGGGGGCCAAGAUGGACUACCGGCUGCUGAGGGGGGCCCCAGCUCAGCCGGGGAGGACGUGGACCUGCUCUCUGUGGCUGAGAUGGUGGCCCUGGUAGAGCAGAGGGCUGCCCUGGCUCUGCAGAGUUACCCACGCCCCACCACCCCAGCGCCUGUGGUCUUUGUGUCAGCUGAGCAGGGUGGACCGGCCAAGGGGCUGGGGUCUGAGAGGCGCUCCGGUGGUGGUGACUGCAGCCGUGUGGCUGAGGCAGUGGCCCACUUUGAGGCUCAGCGAGACAACACCCCGACCAAAGGCCUCCGCAAGGAGGAACGGCCAGGUCCAGGCCCUGGGGAGGUACGCAUUGCCUUCCGCAUCUCCAAUGGCCGGGAACCUCGCACUUCGGACAGCAGCCUGCCCAGUGGGGCAGGGGGUCGGCCCAGUUGUGCCUACCCUGGUAGCCCAGGUCCUGGAGCUCGAGCCAAGGACAAGAUCACAUGUGACUUAUACCAGCUCAUCAGCCCCUCCAGGGAUGCCCUCCCCAGCAAUGUGGAGUUCCUGCUGGCUAGGGCCGACGAAGCCAGUGAGGGGGAGACCCCAGCUCCUGCCAGGCUGGAGGACACUCCCCCAGCCCCCCCUCCACCCCCAGCUCGGGACUGCGGUGCAUCGGGCUUCCAUGUGGAUGUGGUGGUGACUGGCGUGGUGGACGAGUGCAUCUUUUUUGGCAAGGAUGGCACCAAGAAUGUGAAGGAAGAGACCGUGUGCCUCACGGUCAGCCCUGAGGAGCCACCCCCACCUGGCCAGCUCUUUUUCCUCCAGUCCCGGGGGCCAGAUGGGCCCCCCGAGCCACCCCCAGCCGACACACCAACCACGGUGCCAGGCACGGACGAUGCUGAGGGGACCUCGGACACCUCCCUGUGCCGCCUUUACCGGCAUGUGUCCCACGACUUCCUAGAGAUCCGCUUCAAGAUCCAGCGGUUGCUGGAGCCGCGACAGUACAUGCUGUUGCUGCCGGAGCACGUGCUGGUGAAGAUCUUCAGCUUCCUGCCCACCAGGGCCCUGGCAGCCCUGAAGUGCACCUGCCACCACUUCAAGGGCAUCAUUGAGGCGUUUGGUGUGCGCGCCACAGACUCUCGCUGGAGCCGGGAUCCGCUGUACCGUGACGACCCUUGCAAGCAGUGCCGCAAGAGAUAUGAGAAGGGCGAUGUGUCACUCUGCCGCUGGCACCCCAAGCCCUACCACCAUGACCUGCCUUACGGACGCUCCUACUGGAUGUGCUGCCGCCGAGCUGAUCGCGAAACGCCUGGCUGUCGCCUGGGCCUGCAUGACAACAAUUGGGUGCUGCCCUGCAAUGGGGUGGGUGGGGGCCGCACUGGUCGCGAGGAGGGGAGGUGAAGCCUGGAGAGGGGAGGGGGGAUGUCCAGUAUGCCCACCCCUCCCCUCUCCCCCAGGAGCUGGGGGCUGGAACUGGGCCCCCAGCCCACAGCCCCAGUCCAGGCAGUGUGGAUCCUCCACCAGAACUGAGACCAGCUUCAGGGGUGCCCCAAGAAAACAUUAGUUGACCCCUGUUGGUUUUCUACUUUUAAGAGCCAGGGCAUGGACCCUCAAGUAGGGUGUUUUUUGUUUUUAUUGUCAGCAUCUCAAUUUCUUCUCCAUUCAGCCCAACACAACUCCCUGCCACUCUACACCCCAGGAACCCACCAGCAGGGAACAGACGGCAGCUAACUUUGGUACCACCCAAGGCUUCUCCCUAGGCUGGCCCUCUUCCCGUGCCUCACCUAGUUCUCUAUCUGCAGGAGCUGUAUGCUCCUAAGAGACCGCAGCAGCCAAGGUUGGUACCUCACCACACCACACCAGAGCUCCCCCAUCUUUGGGAGGGGAUCACAAGUCAAAUUUGGCACUUUUUCAUAGCAGCCAGCCCUUUCUAGAUGUUUUCCCCAUUAAAGAAAUAAAAAUCUGUUUUUUCCGUAACCUCAAACUACUAGUCUCUCCCUUUCCCCUGUAAGGGAAGAGGGAAAAAAAAAAACAAAGCUUCAAAUCUAGAAACACUGGCCUUCUCAUAAUUUAAGCUGUUGCGACCCACUCCUCCCCCAACAAUGCUGUGAAGCCCUUUGCGCUUUUGACAGUGGGGGGCCGGAGGCAGGGACUAUGGGUCUGGAUUCCUAGGUGGAUUUUCUUCCCACUCUGGAUACGUGUUGAGGCUCUGGGGGGACCUCUUUACCCCCAGCCACAUGUUUCCUUAGAAUCUUUUGGUCAACUGUGACCUCUACCUUCAGGAGUUGGCCUGGGGUAUUUUUGUUUGUCCUGUUUGGGGUUUUUUUGGUUUUGUUUUGAUUUUUUCAUUGUGGUUCUGGAAGCUUCUAGCAC